AAAGCCACAUUCUGGUAGUUGAUCAGAAAAAAGAUGAACACACCCUUUAAUGAGGGCCAUUUUUUCUGCAGUAUUGAAUAACAUUUCCACUUUUUCCUUUUGAUAAAUUUCUUUCACAAUAAACAAAUAUUUAUGCAGCAACUUCGGAUUUUAAAUAUCUGACUCACUGUUACUUCCUCUUCAUCAUCAUCUAAUUCUUGCAUUGCCUCCUUUCUUAGCAUGAGAAGUUGCAUCCAAACCAUAAAGGAAUACUUAGCUUGAAAUGAGUUCAUGCAGCAUGAAAAGCUCAUCGCAAAAGCUGGAAAAUAUAGAUGAAAAUGGCCCUGCAAGUUGGCUACCCUUGUCAUCCGCUGCACCAGAAACUCCUACGGCGUCCAUGGAGUUUCUGGCUAGAUCAUGGAGCCUAUCGGCCAUGGAGCUCUCCAAAGCUUUAUCAGGCACUCACAUUCCUAAUUUGAACCAUAUUGAUAAUUCAACUUUAUCUUCUGUUAGCAAUAGCAUUCAAACACAAGAUGCAAGCUCCGCAGCUUUCAGGGAAUCUCCGGUAACUCAUGAAAUUAGCAGUCCUCCGAUUUCUCCGAGAGACAGCGAAGAAAUGAAGGAAUUAUUUUUACUUCAUCAAGCACUCCAUCCAGAAUUUCUUUCCAAUCAACAAAUGCUCAAAAAUGGGCUAUACAAGAGCAUGGUGAGAGGGCGAACAGUGGGGAGAUGGUUGAAAGAUCAAAAGGAAAGGAAAAAGCAAGAGAUUCGAGCUCAUAAUGCCCAACUUCACGCAGCUGUAUCUGUGGUGGGGGUUGCUGCUGCCAUUGCAGCAAUUACUGCCUCAGAUACAACCUUACAGGAAAUGGCGACGGAUCAGCAGAAGAAAUCUUCCAAAACAUCAGCCGUGGUUGCAUCUGCAGCGGCAUUAGUGGCAUCUCACUGCAUAGAGAUUGCAGAGGACAUGGGGGCAGAUCAUGAACAAAUCUUAACAGUCGUCAACUCUGCAAUUAACGCAAGGACUAAUGGAGAUAUCAUGACCCUAACAGCUGGAGCAGCUACAGCCUUACGAGGAGCUUCCAUCUUAAGGGCAAGGCUGCAGAAGGGGUAUGGGAUGACACCCUUUGCUCUAGCUGAUGAAAAGGGGCAAGAAGGCAAAGAAUCUAACAUCCCAAUAGCACUAAACUUUGUAUCUACUGGGGGGGAAAUCCUCAAACGUACAAGAAAAGGAGCUUUACACUGGAAGCAACUUUCUUUCAACAUUAAUUCAAAUCUGCAGGUGGUAGCUAAAAUGAAAAGCAAGCACAUAGCAGGAACAUUCACAAAAAAGAAGAAAUGUGUAGUCUCUGAAGUCUACUGUGACAUUCCGACAUGGCCUGGAAGGGAGAGGGAAGACAGCAGCGAGCAGAGAGCAUAUUUUGGGAUAAAAACAGCUGACAGGAUAAUAGAAUUUGAAUGCAGAAAUAAAGGUGACAAACAGAUGUGGAUUGAUGGGAUCCAUUAUAUGUUGAAUUGCUGUGCCAACGUAAGAUAAUUCUAAGACUAAAGUUAACAUUUGGGUUUGGAUUGA